AUGUGCGUGCACGAUGUGCCUCUGUCAUGCAGUUGCCUACGCUUAGCUCCAGAUAACAAUUUUUUUCUGAUCGUGGCAACGGCUGUCCUUGAAGGAUAUAAGGAUUGCCGUUAUCCACCGGGAGUUGGGCUUAAGAAAGAGUGGAGAGAUACUGUGCAAGAGCGUAUUGGACAGGACGUGCUGAUCAUGGCUACGGCUGUCCUUGGAGGAUAUAAGGAUUGCCAUUAUCCAAAGGGAAUUGAAUUUAACAAAGAGUGGAAAGCUAUUGUGCAAGAUCGUGUUGGAGAGAACGUGGUAUGUACAACUGAAGUCACAUCAACACAAGUUCUCUGUGUUUUUACCUUCUUGAAAGCUUCAUUUUCUGUCUAA